GCAACCGUCCAGGCAAACUUGCCGAGGAUUGGCUGAGCCUUCAGUUUUAAAAAUCAUAGCCUUCGCCCGCGCUGCGCAGCCUGGUUGGUACUCCCGUGCGGUGGGCCCUGAACGCCCGGGGCCGAGAGGGUCUGGGCAGGCAGGGGCUCAGCUAGGGAGACCGCUGGACUUGGAUCGGAGCAGCCCUCAGGAGACGCGGUGCAGGCAAACACAGUCAUCAUGGGGACAACAGCCCCAGGGCCCAUUCACCUGCUAGAGCUGUGCGACCAGAAGCUCAUGGAGUUUCUCUGCAACAUGGACAAUAAGGACUUGGUGUGGCUCGAGGAGAUCCAGGAGGAGGCUGAGCGCAUGUUCACCAGAGAAUUCAGCAAAGAGCCAGAACUGAUGCCCAAAACACCUUCUCAGAAGAACCGACGGAAGAAGAGACGGGUUUCUUAUGUUCAGGAUGAAAACAGAGACCCCAUAAGGAAAAGGUUAUCCCGCAGAAAGACUCGGAGCAGCCAGCUGAGCUCCCGGCGCCUCCGUAGCAAGGACAACGUGCAGAAGCUGGCCACGGUGGUGGGGGAGAAUGGCUCGGUCCUGCGACGGGUGACUCGUGCUGCGGCCGCAGCUGCAGCUGCUGCUGCAGCUGCCUCCAUGACAUUGGCUACACCUUCAUCCCCUCCUGAGUCUCCUACGGUGCUGACCAAGAAGCCUGAGGACAACCUUGCCCAGGGCCAGCUGGUGCCCGUGGUGGAGAUAGGCCUCAGAGACCGCCAGAAUGCUGAGCACCACUUCACCCAGUUGAAAUCCAUCCAGGCUCUGUCUCAGGCUCCGUCCCCAACCCCAGCUUCAGCCACAGCUCCAGCCUCACAGGGUGUCCUGACAUUGGCUGAAGAAUCAACGCCCAAAAAGACGGAGGCCGGGAGACUGGAGUCUGUCACCGUGAGCUCCCUGAUGACUACACCCCAGCACCCCAAGGGUCGAGGGGUCGGGACAGGGCGGUCUGCCUCCAAGCUCAGGAUUGCAGGUGUCUCCCCAGGCCCACGAGACUCGCCUGACUCUCCAGACUGUCCGUGGCAGGAGCGGGUGCUGUCUCCCAGCCUGCCGCAUAACUUCUCCACACCCACGGGCUCUCCUGUGAACAUUCGGUCAACGAGGCGUAGCCUGAUUGCCCCGUCCUCCCCGGGUCCCCAAGACUUGCUGGCCCAAAAGUACUCCCCGGUGACCAAACAAGAGGGUACCGUACACAGGACAAGCAGAAGGCUCUCUAAGAAGGCUGCCGAAGAGCCAGCGGCCUCUGCCCGCAUCAUCUGUCACAGUUACCUAGAGAGGCUCCUGAAUGUUGAGGUACCCCAGAAAGUUGGCCCCAAGCAGAAGAAGCCCAGCAAGGAGGAUGGGCUUGUGGAGUCGGCAGAGCCAGAGGCCCCUGAGAACGAUGGGAAUAACUUGAGGCUCCACAGUGCCACCAAGAUUGCCCUUGGUACGCCCGACCCAAAGUCUGUAGUCAGUGGCCAGGAAACGCUCUCUGAAGGGCAGCAAGAGGUCAAGACCGAUCAAGCAGAUGGGCCCAAAGAGCCACCUCAGAGUGUCAGGAGGAAGCGCAGCUAUAAGCAGGCAGUGAGUGAGCUGGAUGAGGAGCUACACCUGGAGGACGAGGAGCUGCAGCCUCCCAGGAGCAAGACCCCCUCCUCGCCCUGUCCGGCCAGCAAGGUGGUGCGGCCCCUCCGGACCUUCCUGCACACGGUGCAGAGGAACCAGAUACUCAUGACCCCGACCUCAGCCCCCCGUGGCAGCGUCAUGAAGUCCUUCAUUAAGCGCAACACUCCCUUGCGUGUGGACCCCAAGUGCGGCUUCGUUGAGAAGGAGCGGCAGCGCCUGGAAAACCUGCGGCGGAAGGAGGAGGCCGAGCAGCUGCGCAGACAGAAGGUGGAGGAGGACAAGAGGCGGCGGCUGGAGGAGGUGAAACUGAAGCGUGAAGAGCGCCUCCGCAAGGUGCUACAGGCCCGCGAGCGGGUGGAGCAGAUGAAGGAGGAGAAGAAGAAGCAGAUCGAGCAGAAGUUUGCUCAGAUCGAUGAGAAGACUGAGAAGGCCAAGGAGGAGCGGCUGGCAGAGGAGAAAGCCAAGAAAAAGGCAGCAGCCAAGAAGAUGGAGGAGGUGGAGGCGCGCAGGAAGCAAGAGGAGGAGGCGCGCAGGCUCAGGUGGCUGCAACAGGAGGAGGAAGAGCGGCGGCACCAGGAGCUUCUGCAGAAGAAGAAGGAGGAGGAACAGGAGCGGCUGCGGAAGGUGGCCGAGGCCAAGCGGCUGGCUGAGCAGCGGGAGCAGGAGCGGCGCGAGCAGGAGCGGCAGCAGGCGGAGCAGGAGCGCAGGCGGGAGCAGGACCGGCUCCAGGCUGAGAGGGAGCUGCAGGAGAGGGAGAAGGCCCUGCGGCUGCAGAAGGAACGGCUGCAGAAGGAACUGGAGGAGAAGAAGAAGGAAGAACAGCAGCGUCUGGUUGAGCAGAGGCUGCAAGAGGAACAAGAGAAGAAAGCCAAGGAGGCAGCAGGGGCCAGCAAAGGCCUGAACAUGACCGUGGACGUGCAGUCUCCAGAUUGUACCUCCUAUCAGAUGACUCCACAAGGGCCCAAGAGACCCCCCAAGAUCAAUCCGGAUGACUAUGGGAUGGAUCUGAACAGCGAUGACUCCACCGAUGACGAGGCCCAGCCCCGGAAGCCCAUCCCCACCUGGGCUAGAGGCACCCUGCUCAGCCAGGCCAUAAUCCACCAGUACUACCACCCACCGAACCUUCUGGAGCUCUUUGGAAUCAUUCUCCCACUGGACUUGGAGGACAUCUUCAAGAAGAGCAAGCCCCGCUACCACAAGCGCACCAGCUCUGCAGUCUGGAACUCACCGCCGCUGCAGGGCACCAGAGUCCCCGGCAGCCUGGCCUACAGCCUGAAGAAGUACUGAGGCAGGCCCACGGCCUUGCCAGCGGUCUCAACUCCUGUUUGUGUCUGUCUGUCCAUUUCUGUGUUGGUCUGGUGCCCUCCUCCUGGUAUGCCAUGGCUGGGGGCUUGGUCAGGUGUAUAUACAUGUCCUCUGUGUGCUGGUGUUUCUGCUGCAGGUGGCAGGUGGCCCUGGGCCUAUUUGGAAGAUGGGCUUGGUGGGUGGUUGGGGAAGAACCAGGCCCAGCUCACCUGGCCUGCAGAUAGCACUCUGUAAAUAGACUGUUAUAAUUCCAGCUGCAUUUUAGCAUUUUAGUCUCUGGUGUUUGAGAGCUAGAUUAAUAAAGUAUAUUCCUUUAAA